UUCACUCCAGGGCUGAGGAAUGUCUGUCCAUAACCACAUCCAGAUGUGCCUCCUUGGCAGCCCGCUGCCGAGACACAAGCGGGGCGGCGCGGGACCGGCGCUCUCGAGCGGGAGAUGGACAUUGGUGCUGGGCAGAUCAGACACAGCUCUUAACAGGUCCAGGAACACCGUGGAGACCAUGAGAGUUCGUCUCAAAGGCGAUGCGAUCUGUACCCUCCUCCUGGCGGUGGCACUUUGCUCUUUACUCUACUCCCAGCUGGAACAUUUGGUCCCAGCAGGAAACAAGGAGCUGACGCAGAAGCAGCCUUCAGUAACACCAAAAGUAGUCUCUGACCCCAGAGGGCCUCAGAGACCAACGCCAGCACAGGCAGCGGUGCCCAGACCUCAAGUAACUCUCGCUGUGAGACGGAAGGAAGCGGCCAGCGAUGGGGUCCAAACCGCAACGCCAGCCCCAGCGACCGAUCCUGCCUUCAACUUCAAGCUCUAUCUCCUAAACAAGGACAAGAGGAACUUCAAUCUUCUCAUUAACCAGCCCAAGAAAUGCAGGAGAACCCCAGGAGGUCCCUUCCUGCUCAUCGCUAUCAAGUCGGUAGUCGAGGACUUCGACAGGCGCGAGAUCGUCCGGAAGACCUGGGGCAGGGAGGGGCCGGUGAACGGGGAGCAGAUCCAGCGGGUGUUCCUCCUGGGCACGCCGAGGAACAGGACAGCGCUGGAAACCUGGGAGGCCCUGCUGCAGCAGGAGAGCCAGGCCUACAGGGACAUCUUACUCUGGGACUUCACGGACACCUUCUUCAACCUGACCCUGAAGGAGAUCCACUUCCUCAGCUGGGCGGCCGAGUUCUGCCGCAGCGCCAAGUUCAUCUUCAAGGGCGACGCCGACGUCUUCGUGAACGUGGAGAACAUCGUCGCCUUCCUGCAGCGGCAGGACCCCGCCCAGCACCUCUUCGUGGGGGACAUCAUCCACCGGGCCCGGCCCAUCCGCCUGCGCGCCAGCAAGUACUACAUCCCCGAGAGCGUGUACGGGCUCAGCGUGUACCCCGCCUACGCGGGAGGGGGAGGCUUUCUGCUCUCCGGCCACACGCUGGGGAAGCUCUCCGGGGCCUGCGCGGAGGUGGAGCUCUUCCCCAUCGACGACGUCUUCCUGGGCAUGUGCCUGCAGAGGCUCAACCUCCAGCCCGUGUCGCACGAAGGCUUCAAGACCUUCGGCAUCGCGAAGCCUUCUGCCGCCCCGCACCUCCAGACCUUUGACCCUUGCUUCUACAAGGACCUGAUGGUGGUUCACAGCCUGAAAGUGGCCGAGAUCUGGCUAAUGUGGAACCUGCUCCACAGCCCACGGCUCUCCUGCACUCAGAAGAAGCAAGUGAGGAAACCCUUCCAGUGGAAGGUGAAGGCUCAGACGCCGCAGGCGCCCGCCCUUGGGUAA